AAAUUCCACCGGGAAGGCGGCCAAACUCCGCCGGCCGGACGGCGGCUCCUGUCCGGACGUCUGGACAGGAUCUUUUCUAUAUAUAUGUAUGUAUAUAUAUAUGGUAUCGAGGGGUUUGACGAUGACGGAUCUUCCGGCGGCACCUUUGCGGUCAACGCAACAGAUCAAACCGGCCUGGAUUGGGAAAUCGUUUGCUGAUAUAGUUGCAACUCGCGAAGGUAACCUUAACACUCAGAAAUCGCGCUUUAAGGGACUGCCUUCUAUUACGUUUGAGUCUGGAGAUGUUCAAAGCCUGGCAGAUAAACAUAGAAGAGCGUUGAUUGGUUAUUUCUUUAAAGGAAGGCCCAGCUUAUUGAUUGUAAGGAAAUCUUUUGAGAUUAUUGGUUUUAAAGUGAAAUUCUAGUUAGGGUUACUUUAUCCUAAACAUGUUCUCAUUCACAUUGAAUCGGAAGAUGAUUAUUUGCGAUGUUGGAAUAGACAGACUUGGAUUAUACAUGGUAACCGUAUGCGUGUUACCAAAUGGUCACAAGUUUUUCGGCCUAACGUUGAGUCACCUAUUGUUCCAGUUUGGAUAGCCAUGGAAGGUCUUCCUAUUCAUCUACAGGAUAGGAGGGCACUUUUCGAAAUUUCCAGCUUGAUAGGGAAACCAAUUAAAAUAGAUGCAGCAACUGAAACUCUGGCUCGGCCUGCAGUGGCCCGUGUUUGCAUAGAGUUGGAUUUGACCAAAGAAAUCCCAAAUAAAGUGUGGAUAAACUGUGGCUCUUAUGGAUUUGCGCAGCCUGUUUUGUAUGAAAAUAGACCACGGUAUUGUGGUUCAUGUCUACAUCUUGGUCAUAGUGUGGAGAAAUGUCCUAAAGCACAUCGUGAAUUACAACCUAAGGUUAUGCCUAAAGAGCCAUCUGCUGUGGCUCCUAAGGCGGUGACUUAUACAGAGAAAUGGAUUCAGAAAACUACACAGACUCAAGCAACAUAGCCAAGGAAGUUUACAACACAUCUCAGAGGAACUGCAGACCAAUACAUCUCAGGCCCUUAUUUUAUACAAUUCAAAUAUGCAGUCAACUUCAAACCUAUAGAGCUGACUAGCAAUGAUCCUCCAAGUGAUGAUGAUAUUGAAGAGAUCAUUAUGGAAGAUCCACCUGCAUUGAAACAGCAUAAGCUAACUCAGUCCAAGAAAUGAAAACUAAUCUUCAGGAAAAGGAAAAAGCAAAGGAUGACUCUAAUUUGCAGUAGCUAGCUCAGGCCAUAGAGUUUGACCCAGAACUGGUUUCCAAAUCAUAUAAUUCUAAUGAUGAUAGGGUGAAGAGAAAUCAUACUACUCCAAAACGCCAAAACUGGGAAGAAGUUAAAGCUAAGGCGGAGGCUUUAAUCAAACAAAAGCAGGAGGAGGUGGAUAACCAACAGGCCCAAACAAAGCAAGUCCAACCUGGUGUAGAUACAGAGGAUCAAUCUGUAUAAGCUAUAGAGGAUCAACCCGCAGAAGCUCAAUAAGAUCAAUAUGGUGAUGAAUCAGUACAUCAACCUGUAGAUGAUAACUCUGCAAUCAGGAAUGAUGAGGAAUCCACAGAAGUGAAUACAAAAGCAAUCCAUCAUCCUGAAGACAUAGGUAAAGAAAAAACUAUUGAUCAAAAUAUAGUUACCUCCCCUGAUGUGGUACCUGAGACAAUCAAUAGGGUAAAAGCAUCUACAGAACAAGGAUCUCAACUGGUUGAUGUUGGAGAUCAGAAAAGCAAAUCACAACCUGCAGAAAAAAUACAGUCAGAAGGAGAUGAGGGCCUUACAAGAGUGCUCAGCAAAGCUGAAAAAAGAAGAAAAGAAGAGGACAACAGAGGUUGCAUUAAAGAGGGUAACUAGAAGUGUUGCUAAUGAGAGUGCUAAUCCCUCUUCAAAAUGAAUUGGCUCAUUUGGAAUACUAGGGGUCUAGAAUCCUCCAGUUCUAGACUACAUUCCCUAGUUUUACAAUGGAGGCUUAGCUUGGUGGUGGUUAUUGUAACACCCCGGCCCCGCAGGACUCGGUAGUUAUUCUGAACCUCUAGUACUGUCCUCACAAACCACCACGAGCCUUUACCGCGCACUUUGUCCUCACUCAUGCGCGCCCUGAGAAACUUCCCAGGGGGUCACCCAUCCCAAGACUACUCCCGAGCAAGCACGCUUAACUUUGGAGUUCUUGGCUAAUGAGCUCCCUUAAAAGGAGAUGCAUCUUGUUGGUAUGAGUAGUAAUAUUAAUCCGUUUAUAUUAAAUCUCAAGUGUUACAGUUAUUGAACCUAUUGUUAAUGAUUCUAGGGCUGAUUUUUUCAAAGCUACUUUGGGCUUCUCUAAUGUCAUGUAUUCUUCCACUAAUAAAAUUUGGGUGUUGUGGAACAAUUCUGUUUUAACCAUUUCCCAAACUUAUUGGAACCCCC